UCCCUCACCGCCCUGGCCCGGCCCAGGUGGAUGCGCUCGGCGCUCCGCGGCUCCCUGGCUGCGCACGCACGCACGUCCGCCCCUCGCUUCCGGCGCGGUGGCCUCCGCCGGGCAGACGGGACCCCAGCGCCCGGCCUCCCCGAGGACAUGCGGCGCUGAGAAGCGGCGGACCCUUCGCGGCGGCGCCAUGAACCUCCUGCCGUGUAACCCUCACGGCAACGGGCUGCUCUACGCCGGCUUCAACCAGGACCACGGAUGCUUUGCAUGUGGGAUGGAAAACGGAUUCCGGGUCUAUAACACUGAUCCACUGAAAGAAAAAGAGAAGCAAGAAUUUCUAGAAGGAGGAGUCGGCCAUGUUGAAAUGUUGUUUCGCUGCAACUAUUUAGCCUUAGUCGGUGGUGGGAAAAAGCCAAAAUACCCUCCUAACAAAGUGAUGAUCUGGGAUGACCUGAAAAAGAAGACUGUUAUUGAAAUAGAGUUUUCUACAGAAGUCAAAGCAGUCAAACUACGGCGAGAUCGAAUUGUGGUUGUUUUGGACUCCAUGAUUAAGGUGUUUACAUUUACACAUAAUCCCCAUCAGUUGCACGUCUUUGAAACCUGCUAUAACCCUAAAGGCCUCUGCGUCCUGUGCCCCAACAGUAACAACUCCCUCCUGGCCUUCCCGGGCACCCACACGGGCCACGUGCAGCUCGUGGACCUGGCCAGCACCGAGAAGCCGCCCGUGGACAUUCCUGCCCACGAGGGCGUCCUGAGCUGCAUUGCUCUCAACCUGCAGGGAACAAGAAUCGCAACCGCAUCUGAGAAAGGGACCCUUAUAAGAAUAUUUGAUACUUCAUCAGGGCAUUUGAUCCAGGAACUGCGAAGAGGGUCCCAAGCAGCUAAUAUUUACUGCAUCAACUUCAAUCCAGAUGCGUCCCUCAUCUGCGUGUCCAGUGACCACGGCACAGUGCACAUUUUUGCUGCCGAAGAUCCAAAAAGGAAUAAACAGUCCAGUCUGGCCUCAGCCAGUUUCCUUCCAAAGUACUUCAGUUCCAAGUGGAGUUUUUCCAAGUUUCAGGUUCCCUCAGGCUCUCCGUGCAUCUGUGCCUUUGGAACAGAGCCAAAUGCCGUCAUCGCGAUUUGUGCAGACGGCAGCUACUACAAAUUCCUAUUCAACCCCAAGGGGGAGUGCAUCCGGGACGUCUACGCGCAGUUUCUAGAAAUGACCGAUGACAAGCUGUGACUCUCCGUCAGGAGUGCAAUCAACAGCCACGGCCGACCGCCGCCAAAGCGCUGAGUGUGCCCUUCAGACUCCCGGGGCUGGUGCCGGCGGCAGGACUGCCCGGGGACCUUGGUCCUGAAGCCAUUCUGUGGUUGUCUGUUUUCCUGAGCAGGGCUUCCCAUUUCCAGUAUUAAAGAAGGAAUAAUCAUCGAGGCAGCGUAGACACUCACGUGGCCGUGAGCAGCCGGGGCCCGGCUGCUGGCCUGUUUCCUUUAGUUCAGCUGUGAUGCUUUCGUGCUUCCGCCGCGCCCCCCCCCCCCCCCGCCUCUUCCCCCCGUGCACCUGGGGGCUCCGUACACACAUAGGGACUGGGUUGAGAAAACGGUGGACAAAUCGAAAUUUGUUUUGGCAACAGAUUCCAUCAUUUUUACUGAGUCUGUAGUGGGGAAAUGAGCAACUGUGUAAAUGUUAGUUCUUACAUUACAACCAGAUUUUUCAAUAGAAUAAUAAUACCAGCAGCUUGCCUUAGAAAAGGAGAAGGGGAUUCCUUCUCCUGUCUGAACACGAAGAGACACAGCCGUGUUGGAGAACACAGGGUGGGCAUCUCCCUGUGAGCCCGCGUCCUGGUCUCCGUGCCUGUCGUGAGCCUGUGGCGUGGCUGUGCGCGUGCUUGUGCCCGCGUCCCUGUCUUUCUGUCGGGAUGGAGGCGGGAGCAGCGCACUGUGUGUGCCCUGCGGUCUCCUGCGUGUCCCUCUUGUGUGUCGGGAGCAGUAACGUGUAGACUUUCAGAAUCAGUCCCCGAGAAAAGCGUCACGGAAUCCGGAGGAGGUGGAGGGAAGCGUUGGGCAUCUGGGCAAAGCAGGCCUCGUCUGGGCAGGAGCAGGAGACCCUGGCCGUCGCCUCGGGUCGGUCGGUCGUUGGGGAGAGUAGCAGUACACUAACGGGAAGGAAAGGCACGCGGUACCGUUUUCCAACGUGGUAACUAACACAGGUUAUGGGCUCUAUGUUGUUAGUACUCCCAGAAGGAUGUAUUUAAUUUGCUGAAAUUCCCUUUCAAGAAACCUAACUUCACGGUUCUGAUUUCAGGUAGCAAACGUCUGCGGGAGCAGCUCUCUGUUCUGCCUGUUCUUUUACUGUCAUGUAAUCAACUAACUUUGUAUGUGGGUUUCAGUGUAAAGUAUGCAUGUUAUACUUUUGUGUGUAUUUAAUCAUGAAAUUUAAUUUUGCACUUAUUUGUAAUGUUUCUUUUAAAUAAAAGUGACUAAUUUUGUCGUA